AUGGCCAAUGGCAGCUGGUGGAGGAACAAAAAGAACCUCUUUUAUAGAAGAGAUGCGGACAUCACACUGCCCUACGGUGAGCUGCAACCACAGGAAGGAGAUAUGCAAGACUUUUCGAUGAAUAAAAGCAACCUGGUGUGCUGGGUGGUCAGCAACUUCAACAGUCACUACCACAGAAGCAAAGUUUACAAAGAGCUCAGAGCUUGGGAGAUAUCUGCAGAGGCUGGCAGCAGACAGGCACCGCUACAACGAGUUUUUCAGGUGGAGGCGAGAGUGGAAGGUGAAGCUGAUCACAGACUGGAGGGAGAGACUUUGUAG